GUGUGAUCGCUGUGACAGCCCCUGACAUGUCGCACACGGAGGAGCGGCCAUCUCUCAGCCACCUGAAGGGUUGGGGACCGGCAGACGAAUCCUCCUCCUCCGCCGCCGACCGGGAAGCGGACAGAAGGAAGCGGGGAAACUCCGGCACCGAGGAGGAAGAGGAGCCGCUGCUGCUGGUGGCAUCAUCCAGGGACCCCUCCUACUUCCCCGGCGCAGACCCCCCGCCGCAUCCCCCCUCCCCUCCGCCUUCUCCCUCCUCCCCGCCGCAGUGCUGCCCCUCAGCGCCCGGCCGCUCCAUCGCACGCUGCUGUCAUGGAGGAGCCAAGAUGGCGGCCCUGGCCUACAACCUGGGCAAGCGGGAGAUCAACCAUCACUUCAGCGUGAGGAACGCCAAGCUGCUGGCCCUGGGGGCCGUCCUGCUGUUGUCCGUCUGCCACGCCGUGUCCUGGGGAUACUCCGGCGGAGAUGACACGUGUGGACAUCUGAUAUCAAGUGGCCGUUUCCUGGGUGAAAAAGUAUGGCAGCCCUACAGCUGUAUGAUGCACAAGUACAAGUCAAGUGAAGCCAGAAGCUGCCUUAAAGACCAACGUGUUACAUUUGUAGGAGAUUCCAGGAUCCGCCAGUUAUUCUACGCAUUUGUGAAGAUUCUUGACCCGCAAUUCAAAGAAGAAGGUAACAAGCAUGAGGACAUUACAUUUGAAGAGCCAAUAGAUAACCUCAUUGUGGAUUUCUUAUGGCAUCCAGAGGUGAACACUUCCAUGAAACAAUGCUUCCAGUCUCUGAUCGAGAGCACAUCAUCAAAGCCAAAGAUGGUAGUAGCAGGAGCCGCCACGUGGUCUAUAAAGAUGAACAAUGGAAGCGCCGAGUCUCUGGCCCAAUACAGAGUGAACAUAACGGCUGUGGAGCCUGUGUUGGGGAAACUGGCUGAUACAAGUGACGUCUACUGGUUCUUACAAGAUCCGGUUUCGGAACAAUUGUUAAGCGAAAGUCGCAGAAUGAUCACCAAUGAGAGGAUUGAUGCUUACAAUGAAGCCGCAGCUGCUAUAUUAAAUGGUACCAAUAGGAAAACAAGAUCAAACAUCAGGAUGUUCAGCGUUUCCAGACAGAUUUCUGUGGAGACUUUAGAGCAAUCGCUGGAUGGUCUGCACGUCCCAGAGACCAGCAGAGAGAUAAGCGCGAUGAUCCUCAUGAACGCCUACUGCAACAAAGUCAUGAAGCCGAUCGACGGUUCCUGCUGCCAGCCCGCUUCUCCCACCACCGUUAUUCAGAAGUUGGCUGCCUCUUUCUUUCUUUUAUCCGUCGCCUUCUACAUCGCAGUCAUGGUAAUCCAGCGGAACAAGCACAGGAAGAGCAAGAUGUGCAGCGAUGUAGAGAGCGGGGAGGAGAAGAAGCCGGCUACAGUCACUCCCGCGGCUUCAGCCCUGGAGACCGCUCUGUUCGCCUUCUGCAAACUUGGCCUCAUCAUGGCUUACUUCUACUUCUGUGAUCGGGCCAAUCUCUAUAUGAAGGAGAACAAGUUUUAUACUCACUCGGCCUUCUUCAUCCCCAUUACUUAUAUCCUUGUGCUGGGUGUGUUCUACAAUGAGGACACGAAAGAGACUAAAUUGUUGAACCGAGAACAGACCGAUGAGUGGAAGGGAUGGAUGCAGCUCGUCAUACUGAUCUAUCAUAUGUCCGGAGCCAGUUCUUUUUUGCCGGUGUACAUGCACGUCAGGGUUUUGGUCGCAGCUUAUUUAUUUCAGACGGGCUACGGACACUUUUCCUAUUUCUGGCUGAAGGGCGACUUUGGACUCUAUCGCAUUUCCCAGGUGGUUUUCCGGCUCAACUUCUUGGUGGUUGUCCUAUGUAUAGUGAUGGACCGGCCUUACCAGUUCUACUACUUUGUUCCACUAGUUACCUUCUGGUUCAUGGUGAUUUACGGGUCAAUGGCGUUAUGGCCGCAAAUUAUCCAAAAGAAAGCCAAUGGAAACUACUUGUGGAAUUUUGGCCUCGUUCUAAAACUAGCGUUCCUGAUGUUGUGCAUAUAUCUGCUCUCACGCUCUCAGGGUUCUUUCGAGAAUAUCUUUUCUCUAUGGCCGAUAUCCAAACUGUUCGAGUUGAACGGAGACGUCUAUGAAUGGUGGUUUAGAUGGAAGCUAGACCGAUACGCUGUCUUCCACGGCAUGCUGUUUGCCUUUGUGUAUCUGGCGUUACAGAAGCACCAGGUGCUGUCGGAAGGGAAAGGAGAGCCUCUUUUUUCCAACAAAGUGUCAAACGUUUUACUCUUCUUCUCUGUGGUUUCUUUUCUGACCUACUCCAUAUGGGCCAGCAGCUGUAGGAACAAAACGCAGUGUAAUGAGAUGCACCCGUCGGUCUCUGUCGUACAGAUUUUAGCUUUUGUUCUUGUAAGAAACAUUCCCGGAUAUGCCCGUUCUGUAUAUAGCUCCUUCUUUGCCUGGUUUGGCAAAAUUUCUUUGGAAUUAUUUAUCUGCCAGUAUCACAUAUGGUUGGCGGCCGACACGAAGGGGAUACUGGUUCUCAUACCUGGAAACCCGAUGCUCAACAUAAUACUCAGCACUUUCAUAUUUGUGUGCGUGGCACAUGAAAUCUCCCACAUAACCAAUGACCUGGCGCAGAUCUUAGUUCCCAAGGACCGCUCAGCACUUAUAAAGAACAUACUGGGCUUCACCAGCUUCACGUUCCUCCUUAUGUUCUUAUCUGCACUCCGGCACUAGAAGGACAUCCUGUAAUAACCGGUACGGCGUCUGAGACUGCGGGAACAGUGUCUACCUACCGCCUCUGAGGUGGGCGAGCGUCAGCGGGCACCACGAUUAUGUCUUCUAGAAAGCAAAACAAGUCGAGACGUAGAUGUCGUCUCUGUGGCGCCCAGGAACGACACUCUACAAGGUGGCGAUUUUCUAAAAAUGACUUCCGUUUGCGCUGUUUUUUUUGUUCUUUAUAGCAGAGCUGCACGCCGAGGUGCGGAGCGCAUGGACCUCUUUGACUCUUGCGUUGUCCUAAAACUUAGAGGGAGCGCUUGGAAAGCAUCACUGACCACUCAAGCUGUGAAGCGGAUCUUUUCGUUGUGCGAGAGCGCUGGGUUUAUGUGGCGCUCACUAAAAUAGUGAAGACGUGUGUGUGUGUGUGUGUGUGUGUGUGUGUGUGUGCGUGCGUGUACUGAAUGCAAUCAUUAAAGGAAAACCAUCAACGGCAUACUAUUUUUAAAUGGAUUGCGUAUAAAAUUUAAUUGGACUAAACUUGGUAACUUAUUUCAUAAUAAAAGGAAUACCUAUUUAUUACGUUUAUAGAUUUCUUUAUGACACUCCUCCCUUUUAAGUACCGUAUAUAUAUUUUUUUUAAUAAAAAAAACCACAACCUUUUAGUGAACUGCAGGUGGCGCUGUUUCAGCUGCUAGCUGUAAAAGCGAUUUGGGGGGAGAUUUAGGAUUUUGGAAAGACAUAAAUCACCAACCAAUCAGCUUCUAACUGCCACAUAUAAAACACAGCCUGUAACAUGACCUAAGCUGUUGGUUAGUACUUUAUCUCUCUCUAAACUUUCCUAAAUAAUCCCCUUAAGUCAGAGAGUAUGCACUCUCCAGAGCUACUAAUAUACUAAGGGGGAGAAGUAAUGUAUUAAUACUUAGCGUGUACCUGUCUUCUGCACACAGUGUAGGCGGCCAUUGUAAUUAGCCUGCCGAAUUGCUAGGAAGCAGUAACAUAACCUAAAGCAUGAGGCAGACGGUGCCUCAUACCUCAUUGAUGGGUAGAGAGCUUUGAUGGAAAUAGAUGGGCAGCGUUUUCAUGAAAAUCGCUUCAGCCCACAGAUUGGCUGCCUACUCUCUGUUUAGGUGAUGGGUAUACAUUAUUAAAACACCUCUAAAUGUUUCUUUAAAAAAAAAAUCAAGUUUACUUUAUUUAUACACUUUUAAAAAUUACGUUUUGUUGGUUCUCCUUUAAUUUCAGCUAGUGACGAUAGGUAAUAUAUGAGAAUAAUCUGGAGUCCUUUAAUUCUGUGGGCAUUGCUUUUGAGUAUGAUUAAAAAAAAAAAUGUGUCUGUUAAAAUGUGUGCCGGAAUGUGUAUGAAUGUGUCUUCAGUUCUCUGUACAGGUUACACAGGAACCUUGCUAUGAUAACAGUGUACAUAUUUUUAAAAGCCAUUAUUUUAUUUAUUUUUAAAAACUUGCUUUAUUGCUAUAUUAUUUGUUUUCCAUCUUCUUCCCUUAUAGAAGUAUCGUACUCCAGAACCCGAAGCCCCUCCCCCCACCAUCCCCCCUCCCCCACAAGCGCUCCUGGUUAUGGGGCAUGGGGUGGGUGGGUCACGCUGUGGCAGAAAUUGUCCUGAUUUGCAGGCCAAGAAUACAAAAGCAGCCGUAAGCAAACAAACAUGCAAAUUAUAGAUUUUUUGUUUCAGCUGAGAUCAUAGGCCUUAGAUUCAUAGCUCUCUCUCUUUUGUUAGUGGAAUUAGACCCCCCACCCCAAAAAAAAAAAACCUCUUAAGAGCGCCUCCAGGUUAAAGAAUAAUUAAAUUCGUAUGACUGGCUCUAGCCCAUCCCUAAAAUGUCCCUACUGUAUCUCUGGGGAACCAGAAGUUUGGCAUGUCCCGCAACACCUUGUGUACACCCACCAACACUCUUCUUCUUCUGUAACUCUGGGGUACAGGAGGUUUGGCAGGUCCCCCGACACUCCUCUUCUGUAACUCUGGGGUACAGGAGGUUUGGCAGGUCCCCCAACACUCCUCUUCUGUAACUCUGGGGUACAGGAGGUUUGGCAGGUCCCCCAACACUCCUCUUCUGUAACUCUGGGGUACAGGAGGUUUGGCAGGUCCCCCAACACUCCUCUUCUGUAACUCUGGGGUACAGGAGGUUUGGCAGGUCCCCCAACACUCCUCUUCUGUAACUCUGGGGUACAGGAGGUUUGGCAGGUCCCUCAACACCCGGUGUACACCCACCAACACUCCUCUUCUGUAACUCUGGGGUACAGGAGGUUUGGCAGGUCCCCCAACACUCCUCUUCUGUAACUCUGGGGUACAGGAGGUUUGGCAGGUCCCCCAACACUGCUCUUCUGUAAUUCUGGGGUACAGGAGGUUUGGCAGGUCCCUCAACACCCGGUGUACACCCACCAACACUCCUCUUCUGUAACUCUGGGGUACAGGAGGUUUGGCAGGUCCCCUAAUACCCUGUGUACACCUACCAACAUUCCUCUUCUGUAACUCUGGGGUACAGGAGGUUUGGCAGGUCCCUCAACACCCGGUGUACACCCGCCAACACUCCUCUUCUUCUGUAACUCUGGGCUACAGGAGGUUUGGCAGGUCCCUCAACACCCUGCGUACACCCACCAAUACUCCUCCUCUUCUGUAACUCUGGGGUACAGGAGGUAUGGCAGGUCCCUUAACACCCUUUGUACACCCACCAAUACUCCUCCUCUUCUGUAACUCUGGGGUACAGGAGGUUUGUUAGGUCCCCCAACACCCUGCGUACACCCACCAACUCUCCUCUUCUUCUAAUCCCUUACUUUUAAAAUAUAGACCAGGGUGCUAGAGUGACAAGUCUAUGAGUUUUGGCAUUAUUCUUUACAGUUAAAUGGGUGUUUUAUACUAACAUUCAUUCUGUUAUAUGCCAUAUAUACUUCAAGAAUUUUUUUUCUUCUCAUUACAUAUUCUAAAAAAUAAAUAAAAUAAAAAGUGUGAUCCAGUAUGUGAGCGAGACAGUAAAAGUCUGCUGUGACAUACAUUGCUGCUAAGUGUACAGAAUUAUUUACCCAUUCAAUGACACUGGGUGGGGUGUGGGGAGACACUUUCACAGAAAUAUGGCAUUUCACAGUAAGCAACUUUCAGACUGAUUUGCUGAUUAUAGAGCGUUUUGACUUUCUGCAAAAUACCAAACUGUUUGGGGGGUUUUAGUUCCACUUUAAAGUACCCAAAAAUCACUGUUUUGUGAAUUUCAUGAACUGUGUCUAAUUUUUAAGUUUAAUGCUCAAAAAGGGAUAUCACCCGCUGGGCAAGCUCCAGAAGUUAGAUAGAGAAGAACAGUGUCCCAUCACACCUGCAGAAAGCAGCCAGUCAGGUGGGCUUGUCUGCAUAUUGUUUUCAAGAACGUCCGCUUCCCGUCUGCUGAUAGGACUCAAUACUUGGAACAUAAUUGUCUGUUCAGAUCUAGUACAUUCUGCAUACGUCUGAUAACUGAUAGGGUUGGAGAUUGUGUAGCAAACAUGGCAGCUUAUUGGCCGAUUACAACAGGCAUCCAAUCGGUGGGAUGCAACAAAAAGUACUUUAUACCGGGAACAAGUGCGGAUUUGAGAUGGGGUAAUACUAAUACUGAAGAUGAGCAGUCAGAAAAAGUUAGGAUCCAAGCAGCCCCAUUACCACUUGCCAUGCCUCAUGGGGCUUCAUGAGAGAGGCUUAAUUUACUAAUAAUGCAUUUAGUUGCAGUUGUUUCACUAAACCACAUUAGCCAAUCAGAUGCUUUGUUUCAGUGCAUAAAUUGUACUGCACUAUGUAAAGAGAAUUUCUGAUUGGAUGCUGUGUUUUUGUACACCUGUUACUGAUGCAAGAGGGGAGAUUCAAGCGGCAAAUGCGUGUGGGUGUGAGGAUGCAGCUUGGCCUAAACCGCUUUCAUUCACCGGACGUUGCAAGUUGGAAAAUAAGGUGGGAAACCAAAAACUAUUUUAUGUAGCAGGUGAUAUGUUUCAUUUUGGGCGGUUUGUUUUAUUAUACGAUACUGAAGGAAGAACCACUAAUUUAAUAAGAAUCUUAAUGAAGAAUGUUUGCUUGCUCCAGUUAUUUUUCUUUGCAGAACAUGAUGUAACCCAGUUGCACAAUCAUAUAUUUUAUUUGCCAAGCCGGGCGAAUGUUACACAAGUAAAUCAUUUAGGGUACAGUAGCUGAAACUCGCGGCCUCCGUGUGACGUUGCUGAGUACAGUAUGUGGGUGCGUGUUCUGUUUGUUUCUUUUUGCAAUAAUCAUUGGGGUCUCGGCUGUUUUGAAUGAACUUUGUGACGUUUUAAGUGUUGUUUAUUAUGUUAUUUUAUGUUAUUUAUACAUGCGUGCAUGUGUUUACAUCCUGAUAAAGGUCUUUUUGAUUGGCGUUAUUCUUAUGUUAUGAAGUGUAUACUAAGUAUCUGGUUGGGUAAAUGGUGGAUAAAUAAAUAUUAUUAUGUUUUCUUUCAAA